CACGAAGACCCUUGGCUAGUAUAGAAAACAUUUUACUGUUAAUACAUGAAAGUUCAUAUUGUGGAAUUGAGAAUAUUAAAUAUAGUAGAAUUGAAAGCAAUAAUGAUUUAAGAUUUGAAAAAGAUAUAGAAAAUGAACUUAGUUUUGAAUGUGAAAAGGAUACUGAAGAUGGACCUGCAAUUAAACAUAAAAAGGAUACUGAAGAUGGACCUAGUAUUGAACCUGAAGAUGGAUCUGGUAUUGAACUUGAAGAGGACAUUGAUAUUAUUAGUGAAUCAGAUGAUACUUCUAAAAAUACAGAUAAUUAUCAACAUGGGCACCUACCUCCAAUCCACAUUGAGAUCUACUAUAAUAGCUGUGAUCCACGACAGCAUACCUGGGACUGUGAACGGUCUGGUAAAUAUGUCUUACGUAAAACUGCUCUACCCGAAAAGCAAAGAAAUAAGGGUUCAAAAAAGAUUGGUUGUCCUUUUCUGGUGAAUGCGUACAAGAGUAAGGGCUCUGAUAAUGAAACUAUAAUUAAAUUGACAUCGAUACAUCCUGAACACGACCAUCAGUUGAUUCCUAAAAAUGUUAGCUUUGCUACUAGCUAUCGGAAACUUACCACAGAUAUGAAGGAGCUUAUUGAAAGUUAUACAAUUUGUAACAUUGAUGUCUCAUCCCAGCAAACAAUUGAAGCUACAGGAGUUCAGCCCGAAGCUUUUAUGAUUGAUGCAGAUCCAGGCCUUGAAAGUGUUCAGCUUGCAAAGCUUCUUGGUGAUCAUUAUGCAGACUUUAUCAAAGCAUUUUAUCGUGCUCGAAAUGUUUUAUAUAAAGAAACAUUUGAGGAAUACUGGAAACAACUUAUGAUUGAUUUUCCAGAAUCAACUGAAUAUCUACUUAGACAGCUUAAUCCACAUAAAACAACCUGGGCAAAAGCAUUUACAGGUCGGGUUUUUAUAGCAGGGAUAAUGUCUACCCAACGAUCUGAAUCAAUAAAUAAAGAACAAUUUGCUAGUCGGUUUGCGGCUUGGCGUGAAAAGACAGCAUCAUAUAUGAUACCAAGUUUACAUACUGAUCAAAUGAAUGAAGCAGUAAUGUAUCGUAGCAAAAGGUUUGACAAACUUCUUGAAGGGGUUGAUUAUUCCUUAGUUGCUGAAGUUUGGGAUGUUCAAUCAAUCGAACAUAAUUUACAUGUUGAACAGAAUUCUGAAAAGGCCUAUUUUCAUAUUUCUCUUAUUCCAAGACGUUGGUACAAAGAUGAAUUUAUAGACACGGUGGUUGCUAAUGAACUAUUUGUUAGAAACAAAUCAUUAGAAAAGAACA